AUGGCAUUCAGGCUCACCACGAGGCUAAUCUUGGCCGUGGUGCUGCUCGUGAUCUUGAUUCAUGUACUGUCCAACACGAAACAUGAGCGGACGGCACCCGCGCGGAAAUCUGAUGGGACGCUGCUCAAGGCAAAGUCGGUCCAGGUGGCCCAAAAGGCCGAAAAGGUCGAGGUUGAGGAGAUCACGAACACCGACGUCCUGCCCCCGUCGCAUGUGCUGGUCGUGGACGACGACGGCAAACCGGUGGUGGACAAAUCUGCAUACCGCGAAAUAUUCUCCAACACAACCAGCACGGGGAACUACUUUGGCAUUCACCUGAGUGGUAUCGGCGGCUUCAACCCGACCAUCAUCCCACAUCCUACGCGGUUCGACAAUUGGAUCGUGGUCGCUCAGAGAAUCCCCAAAAAGGGCGACGCGGACAAGUACUCUCAGCAGCUGAUAUGCAACGCCGGCUUCCUGAACGGCGUGCUAGUGUGCGCCGCCGAGCCGACCGUCAUACCUGUCUCUUCCACCAAGGGCAACUGUGAAAAUGAACUUGGCUACCUGAAUUUCCAAUGGGGACCUCGCGACGCUCGAGCGUUCUACGGACCGACGGCCCCUUACCUGCUUUACUCGGGACAUUCAUCGUACACGUGCAUGGGCAUGUGGAUGGAAGACCUACGGGUGCUGGUGGACGACUACCGCAUCGAAAGUGUGCUGGCAAAGGACUUUUCGAAGGCGACCGAGAUCCAAAAACCGCCGCCGUUCAAGGGCCUCGAGAAGAAUUUUUUCCUGUUCUGGGACAACACAGGCGAGGCAUAUGCCCACAGUGACCUCGUCCCCCAGCGCGUGUUUGCCAAACUGUCGCCCGACGGCUCGGUAGGCCCGAAUCUUGCGCCGAUGAUCGAAGAGAGCGACAAGAAGUGCAUGAAGCGGUAUAUGCCCAAACCCGUGCUGAACGAGGCCUCGAUGCAGCAAGCCACCAACACGCUUGCCAUCACCAUGUGCCGACGCACAGAUCCGAAGUGCGUCCAGACCGAACAAAACACGUACAUCGUGAACAUCUUCCAUUACAAGACCAAUUUUGCUGGCCACAGCAUCUACGAACCUUACGUGAUGCUGUUCCAGCAGACAGCACCGUUCGGCUUGCACGCCAUCUCCACCAAGCCUCUGUGGAUCGCGGGACGUAACAAAUUCUCUAAGUACACAGGCAGUGUCAACUGGGAAGAUCGCGAUGAUUAUCCGGAGAAUCACUCGGAAAUGUUCUACAUCCGUGGAAUGAGCUGGAUGUCGCACGGCCAAAAGUACCACGGCUACUUGGACGACAUACUUUUCUUGACCUUUGGCAUCGAAGACUCGAGGCCUGCGGCCAUUGACGUGGUGGCCUCGGAUCUACUACAAGACCUGGGUCUAUGCGCUAACGCAAAAUGA